UAGGGUUUUACAAAGGGGCGCUUCUUCUACUACAUCAUACAUGGCGUGCACGAUUGAUUUCAGAUGCCUGGAUGAAGGAUUCGGCGGCAAAACCUACAAGAGAAAGAGAUCUGAACAGCAACAGGAGAAGGAUGCCCUCAUGGAUGUCGACGACGACCAAGAAAUCCAAACUUCAAAGCGACAAGCCGUUGCUUCUUCCGAAAACCCUAACAAGCCUAUCUUCGGGAAGCCGACAUACGACGGAGUUAUAGCAGGAAAAGUAUCUGGAAGGAAGUGGAAGAAAGCGAAAACACAGAGAUCGUCGGCUGUGAGGGUGAGCCUCAAGAAAUCGACGUUCGAGGAGAGGGCUCAACAGAAGGAGAUAAAGAAGGCGUAUAAGGAGAGGAUGACGGAGCUGAAAGAGGAGAUAAGGAAGAAUAAGGUAGAGAAGAGGAAGAAGAAGGAGGAGAAGGAUAAGAAGAAGGAAGAAAACAUACUAAAAUCUGGUACGAAGCUUCAGAAGAUCACGAAUCCAAAGACGCUAAAGAAGCUUGCCAAAUCUAAGAAGAGGAAACUGCUCAAGGUUGUUCCUGACAACCUUGUUAAGAAAUAGUUGUUCAUCUUUUGAUGCAAAAUUUUUGUUGGCAUUACAUUCGAAGAUACUGAUACUUGUUGAGCUUCAUUUUCUAUGUAAGAUCCUUUCUCUGACGCAUUUUUCGAAUUGGAUUUCAGUUUCAGUUGCUAUAUUUUUCAGAAUUUAGAUUGAAAGAUCUAUUUCAUC